UGACACGUCAAGAAGUAACAGCUACAACUCCUGCAUUAAUAGCAUUGCCACUCGGUUGGGGCUACAUGUCACCUCCUAAUAAAAAAUUUAUCAGUAUUAGUGCAAGCAUAGAAUCUUCAUCUUUAUGGGCUGUUGAUGAUAAUGGCUUUCCGCAUGUCUUAGAUAAAGAUAGUUGGAUUGUUCCUCAAUCUGGGAAGCCAUCAGAAAAUUUACAGAUAUCACCUGGAGUAUCUGGUGUUUAUGCUAUGGAUAAAAAUGAUAACAUUUUUUUCAAAAACCAUUUCAUUAAUUAUUGGACUCAAAUGCAAAACAAUAAAAAAACAAUCUUAAAGCUUACGUAUGGUGCAAAUAAUGAAAUUAUUGCUAUAUCUAAAGAUGGAGAGGUUUUAAGUCGACAAGAAAUAACAGAUUACAAUCCAUUUGGAGAGUCCUGGAAACUAAUUGAAAAUGGUUAUUCUGAUGUGUCUGUUAGUUUUUAUGGAUAUUGGUUAAUUGAUAAAAAAGGAAAUAUUUAUUUUUCAACAUAUAUUCCCUCAUCAAAUUUACUAAAAAAACUUUUGACUAAUAAAAUUGAAGGAAACUUUUUAAAGGUUGUUUCUGGUUUUGGAGGAAAUGUUUGGGCUUUGAACAAUCAAAAUGAGAUAUUUAGACGGUUAAAUGUCAAUUCCUUAAAUCCUUCAGGUGUUUCUUGGGAAAAAAUUAGUGGAUUAAAAGUUUCAGAUAUAGCUGCAGGAUAUGAUGGGAUAUACGCUUUAGAUAUGCAAGGAAGAGUUAUAGGAAGUAAAGAAUUUCAUUGUGGUGGUAUUUAUUUUGACCAAACGGGAUCAUUUAGUUCUCCUGGUUAUCCUAAACUAAUUUCAUCCAAUCAAAACUGUUUGUACAUAAUUAGAGCCCCCCCAGGUUUUUCAAGCUUAGAAGUUAAUUUUAAAGAUUUUGAACUUGAAGAAUCAGAAAGUUGCCAUAAAAAUUAUUUGCUUGCCUUACUUGAUGGUCGCUUUCCUUCAAAAUAUACAUCAAAAAAUUGUGCAACUAAAGUCACUUCUUUAAAGUUUGGAGACAGAGCUUGGUAUGAAUUUUUUUCUGAGAAAAAAAAUCAAAAACGUGGCUUUUCAGGAUCAUGGGUAGCAAAAAAAGAAGUAGAAACAACUCCUGUAAAUGAAGUAAACUCUAUACUUACAUUUGAAUCUUCUACAACAAAACAAACAACAGUAAUUCCGCAAACCACAACUACAGUACCAGAUGGACCUUUAUUUCGAGAUUGUGGUGGAAAUAUUGCUGGUCAAGGUGGCAUUAUUGUUCACCCAAAUUAUCCUCAACAGUACUCAAAUAAUCAGAACUGCAAUUAUGUUAUUACUGUUGACCAAAACAAAGUAAUAGAAGUGACAUUUGAUGAGCUUGAUCUUGAAAAUUCUGCAAAAUGUGAUUAUGAUUUCGUUGAAAUAAAAGACAAGAAUGAUGGUCGUGUACAGAGAUAUUGUCAAAAAGGUCCAAAUAUGAGUUUUAAGUCAUCUGGUAGAAAGCUUCAGAUACAAUUUUAUUCUGAUGAAAUUGGGCUACAAAAAGGAUUUAGAAUUAGAUGGAGAGCUGUUUCUGACCAAAAAUUGGAUUGUUUUUUUUCCCAAACUGGAAAUAAUGGAGAAAUUAUUUCACCUAACUACCCUGGUGAAUAUGAAAAUAAUCUUGAUUGCUUUUGGAAUAUCACAGUCAAUAAGAACAAAAUUGUUGAAGUUAUUUUUAGAGAGUUGAAUAUAGAAAGUAUGAAUGUAGAAAGUGGGUUAACUUGUUUUUCUGAUUUUAUUAAGCUGACAGAUGAUAUUUUUCAAAAAGAAAUUGGAAAGUUUUGUGGAAGUAGGCUUCCAGAUCUCAUUCAAUCUUCUGGCAAUGCAAUCACUAUUCAUUUUCAUACAGAUAAUCAAAAAACUGGUAAAGGUUUUCGUUUAAUAUGGAGAGCUCAAGAUAUGCCGCCAAAAACUACAUCUAAACCAGUUAAUGAGUAUGUUUUGAACAUUGGAACUGAUUCAGAAUCUACUGAGAUAUCUUCACCAAAUUAUCCUGAGAGAUAUGAAACCAAAAAAGAUUUAUACUGGAGGAUACUUGGUGAUACUGACCAAAAAAUUCAGUUGUCAUUUCUUCAUAUGGAUAUUGAAAGUGGUCCAAAAUGUAAAUAUGAUUAUUUGCAGAUUAGAGAUUUUGAUGCCAGUGGAGCAAUACUCGGGACUUUCUGUGGUCGUAAUCUCCCACAACCAAUUGUCUCAACAAGCAAUCAGUUGUUUAUACAUUUUCAUUCAGAUGAUCAACAAACUAGAACUGGAUUUAAGCUGAGUUUAAAAGCAAUUCAAAAAAUCACAACCCCAGUCACUACUACUACCACAACCCCAGUCACUACUACUACCACAACCCCAGUCACAACUUUUGCAACAACUUUUUUUAAAAAA